ACCUUUCCUUCUGAACUGUCCAUCUGCCAAGUUUGCAAGCUCUUUCCAUACUACUCAAAUACUUCAUCGACUCAAUUGACCUUCCUUCCUCCUGUCAAACUACACGAACACAACGAAACACAUCCGGAGUUAGAAGCCCCGAGCUAUACCGCCGAAACCCCGCAAACUUCCCUCCACAUAAACACCCCCGAAACCAGUCAUGUCCGCUAUCCGUGCCUUCGCGACCCGUCGCGCUCCCUUUGCCUUUGCUCAGCGUGCCGCUUUCUCCCAGUCAAUAGCCCGCACCGCUGGCAAGGAGUCGGCUCUCCACUCCGAGAACCGCGCCGAGGAGAUCGAGAAGAAGAAGCAGGAGCAGCUCAACAAGAAGAAGGACGGCAAGCAACACUGGGAGGAGCAGCUUGCCAGUGACAGCGAGAGCGCUGUCAAGGCGGAUCGUUCCGAGACCGGCAAGGACACCAAGGAGCAGAUCAAGGAGCUGCAGGAGGAGACCAAGAAGGUCGGCCAGUAAAUAUGAUGCAUACGACAUACGAGCUCAAGAUAUAAGACCUCCUUGCGAGCUACAAAAGUACGCCGGGCGCCAGAUCACCCUGGCUCAUACUGAGAAGGGAGCGGCGGAAGGGAAAAUGGGAUCAUAGCAUGAUGAGCUAUCUGCAGUACCCAAUUGAUACGAUUAAUUCAGUCACACUUCACGAAUUACCUCUUGCUCUACGAAUA